AUGGUUAUGGCACCCACUGCGUGUGUAUCGACUGCCGAAGUCCGCACUGUCAAGAAGGACUUUGCGAGGAGCCUGGACCAUCUCGGUCUGGUCAGCAGUCAUGGCGAGGACACCUUGUCGCAAUCUUCGUUGACUGCCAAGGAACUGGUGUUGGAGGUGUUGAAGAAGCGUGCAGCGGAGGUGGAUGUGGACCACUGUGGCCCCGGGGAGGAGGAUGCCUUCUAUGUGGCAGACAUGGGGGAGGUCUACCGCCAGCAUAUGCGCUGGAAAAUGAACUUGGGCCGUAUCAAGCCCUUUUAUGCUGUUAAGUGCAACCCGGAUCCCGAGGUUCUGCGCCUGAUGGCCCAGCUUGGAAACGGUUUCGAUUGUGCUUCCAAGGCUGAGAUCGAUCUCGCCCUUCAGACGGGCAUCGAUCCCAGCCGUAUCAUCUAUGCGCAACCCUGCAAGACCAAGUCUUACUUGCGCUACGCUGCUGAGGUCGGAGUCAAGCAGAUGACCUUUGACAAUGCCGACGAACUGUACAAGAUCAAGGCAACUUUCCCCGAUGCGGAGCUCUACCUUCGCAUCCUGACGGAUGACUCGACCAGCCUAUGCAGGCUGAGCAUGAAGUUCGGUGCUUCCAUGGAUCUGGCCCGCCCGCUCCUCGAACUGGCUUACAAGCUGGAUCUGAAGGUGGUUGGAGUCAGCUUCCACGUCGGUUCCGGCGCCGAGGAUCCUCGAGCCUUCCUCAAAGCCGUCCAAGAUGCCCGCAUGGUCUUUGACCACGCAGAGGAGAUCGGUCACGAACUCCACACCCUUGACGUCGGCGGUGGCUUCUGUCAGGAUUCCUUCGAGAAGUUCGCUGGCAUUCUCGGUGAAGCCGUGGAUUCCUACUUCCCUCCGAAUAUCCGCGUCAUUGCCGAGCCCGGUCGCUACUACGUGGCUACCGCUUAUACCCUGGCUGCCAACGUCAUUGCCCGUCGCGAUAUCCCCGACCCGGUGGAUCCCUCCCGGGACGCAUACAUGCUGUACCUGAACGAUGGCGUCUACGGCAAUUUCUCGAACAUCAUCUUCGACCACCAGCACCCUAUUGCCCAGGUGCUGACUUGCGCUUCCGAGGGCCCCCAGUCUGGUUCUCCGAACUCUGCGACUUCGGAGGAGAUCACUUACUCCAUCUGGGGCCCCACCUGUGACGGCAUUGAUGUCAUCUCGGAGCGCAUCAACCUGCCUGGCCUGCUGAACACUGGUGACUGGCUCUACUUUGAGGACAUGGGCGCAUACACCAAGUGCAGUGCUACUCGCUUCAAUGGUUUCUCCGACAACCACGAGGUUAUCUAUAUCUCGAGCGAAACGGGCGCCUCUGCUCUCCUCGACUACUAG